CCGUGUUAAACAAAUCAAAAUAUAUUUCAUAUUUGAUUCUUCAAAGUAACCACCCUUUGCCUUGAUGACAGCUUUACACACUCUUGGCAUUCUCUCAACCAGCUUCAUGAGGCAGUCAUCUGGUAGGAAUUCCUCAUUGACAUAGUUGUUUCUGUUUUUUAGCUGUAUGAUUUAUGUCCAAUAGAGGGAGACAAAGUAGGCUAAACAGCUGGCUUUGAUGCUCUACUCUGUCAACGCUUUUGAUUUGACACAUUAUGUUAUGUAUGAAUUGCUCAUAUUUAUUUGAAAGUAUUCUUCUCUGUCAUUGGUGUGUUGAGGUGGACAGAGAGUAUCGUGUCAGAAGGCCUUGUUCUCUGCUGGGUACCCAGUACUUCAGCCUGCAGCGGAGAGGGCAGCCCUGUUUGUGGCAGCAGUGGAGGUUCUGGCCCGUCUUCACUCCCUGGACCUAGAGGGGUAGGGGAGAAGGCCUGGCUACUGCAAGAGACCGGUAGAGGAUGGAUAUCCUCCACAAAUUCCCAUCCCUGUCUCUUUUCAAUAUUUUUAUUGUCAUUUGUAAUUAUAUGGUAAAGUUGUACAACUGAAUGCCUUCAAUUGAAAUGUGUCUUCCGCGGUUAACACAACCCUUCUGAAUCAGAGAGGUGUGGGGGGGCAGCCUUAAUCGACUGAAUGCCUUAGUCCCCUUCGUCUGUGAUUGGUCAACAGUACUACUAGUAGUAGGAGUGGGAACAUUGGUUGUCAUUCAGCGAGAGACGACUAGUUUUCAUGCACAUUUUUUUCACUUGAGAAAUACUUCAUCAAACAUCUUAGCUACUGUAGAUGUAAAAAUGUGCGACUAAGACCUUGUCAAAAUGAAUGACAGAUUUCUUGAUUUAUCUUAGAUUAAUUCUGACUAUUUUGAGGAAGUGUUUCUGCCUAUGUUGUUGCUACGGUGGCUCAAAAGGGACAAACAACGGUAAUAUUGCCUAUUUUAUUUCUACUUUUUCAAGCGAAGGGCUUUUGGGAGUAUGAGAGCAAAGACAGUCGCUUCGCCAAGCCGAAUUCUGAUAGAAGCUAACCGAACCUAUGUAUGCGGACGCCUUAAGUUUCCAAUGUCUGUAUUUCUCCCUCAAUGGCCAGGUGUACCCACUCCUGAGGACCUGAUCUCCAUCUACUGCCGCUGCCGAUGGAUCCCAUCCUCUCUGCCUCAGGGCGUCUAUGUCCGCCACGUCCUGGGCAAUGCCAGUGCUCCGAAUGCUGCCCGGUUUGGCCAGAGUGUGGAGCCGUUGGCCCAGGUUGGGCUGCAGAUUGCAGAAAGGUGGUCUGUUUCUUCUUCUCCUCUCUGGAAAGUAGAGGAAGGUUCCUGGCUCUCCCUUUCUCCCUCCGCCCAGUUACUGGAAAAGAUGAAUCGUCUCUGCCUAGCAUAGGUCUGCCUCCCAGCCAUCGACGACCUUGGCAUCAGAGAAACGGAAUGAAAGAAAGAGCUAACUUUAGCCGCCGCUUACUAAAAGUCAAUGGAAGCAGCGGGCGGUGCUUGUCGGUGUGGCUGCUUAACCUCACAGGACAACAAAAGCACUGUGCAUCAUCGUGGAUGGGAGUGAGAUUCAUCAUGGUUGUGGGCUAUCGCAGCUGGACAAAGUCUGAGGGAUAGUAGCACCACACAUAAGUCCCAUAUCCAUGUCUCUCAGAUGUGUUGUUCAGCUGAAGUGCUGCUCCCUCAUUUCUCUAUGCCGGCAGCUUAUUUUAAUAUACAAGAUUGAUCUCUCCUGUCCAUGAAUAUUCCCUUCUUAAUAAAUAUGUGUCUGUGUCCCAAAUGGCACCCUAUUCCCUAUAUAGCGCACCAGUAUUUUCCUAUAUUGAGGCAUCAGAACAGGCAUCAGGUCAUAUUCGGCCGUAUUUCCGGUCUUUAAUGUACUUCUUUGGCAGAGUCUGGGCCAAUAGCAGUGACUCAGCGUGAAUCCUUCAUUUUAGUGACAGCCAAUGGGAUUCACUCCUUUAAAUGCCAUCCCCUGAGUCCCAAAUGGCAUCCCAUUCCCCUACAUAGUAAACUAUUUUUGACCAGGGCAUAGGCCUACUGUAGCAUUAGGGCUCUGGUCUAAAGUAGUGCACUACAUAGGGAAUAUGGUGCCAUUUAGGAUGCAGACACUGUCAGAUCUGUCAGCAUUGGAGCUGAGAUAAACUAAAUAGUGCUCAAUACUCUACCGUGUCAAGUUUAUCUUCAAAUUUUUAGGAUAGCAGCCCGCCAUUUAGCUAGCGCUAAGCUUGCGAAGGGACAGUGAUUGGGAAUUGAAUAGUGCUCAAUACCCUGGCAUAGGCAGCUUCUCUAUCUAUUUACCAAAUGUUUAUGGUCACAAAUUUGUGUUUAGCAGCACUUAGAUGAUAAAAAGUAUUGAGUGUACGAAAUUAGGAUUUAUACCAUGCUAUAAGAUUAUCAUAGGGGUUAAGGUUCUCAGCUCUGCCAUUGCCAAGUAAUAUAUGUUAAAUGUUGUUGCAUUUGGAACCACAGGAUGUUUGAGUUGCUCAGCCAGUGCGGACAUGCACAGCAACUGUAUAACUAGAGAAACCAUAAUAAGUCAUAUAUUUAUAUAUUUGAUCAAAUUUGAUGAAAUAUAUUUAUAUAUGUAUUUGAUUAUAUAUUUGAUCAAAUGUCAUUUAAAUUGAGGAAAACACGUUGCUUGAUAAACAGCUUCAUUACUGACACCUAGAGGUCCAAUUGAGUUACUGUCAAAAAACGUUUUAUGAGCAUUUUAUGAGCUGUACAUUGUGAGCGAGUGAGUCUGUAUGUCUGCUAAUCUGUCUGUCUAUUUUGUUGUCUGUCUGAAUGUCUCUCUGAAUGAAUGUCUGAUCUAUGUGCUGUGCUGUGUAUCUGUGUCCCAGGAGGUGGUGGCCCACUGGAAAGCAGAGUGUGUCCUGGCCAUAGACUAGACUCUCCUGCUGACCCUGCAUUCUGCUCACACCCUGGAUACACUGGGCAGCAGGACCGCCAGGAAACAGCUAACACACACCUAAUUAGCAGAACAAACCGUGUAAUUGUCUCCCAAAUUGUCUCCCAAACUGUUAUGUGACAGUUUUAAAUAUACUGGUCUAUAUAGACUGGUGCCCCGUGUAUAUAGACAAGACUCAUUAUGUAUUAUUACUUUUAUUAUUACAUUUAGUACUUUUCUAUUAUUUCUCUAUUAUCUUUCUCUCUGUACUGUUGGGAAGGGCCCGUAACUAAGCAUUUAACUGUUAGUCCACACCUGUUGUUUACGAAGCAUGUGACGAAUCAAUUUGUUAUUUCAUUGAUUUGAUACUAAAUGUAAUAUUGCCUGUUGGAAACAGACCCCCUCGGUAUGUAAAUGUGUGUCUGAAACCGUCAGAAGAUGUCAAUGAAUUGUGAAUAUGAAUUACAGCCUUCUGCUUCCUGCUUGGAAAGGUCAGUCUGA